AUGAGAGCAAAGAGACGCGGCCAAGCCCCAGCCAUGUCCACGUACCCCUCGGUCCAUGGCUACCGCUUCGACACGGCCCUGCGCAAGAAAGCGGCGGCCAACAUCUUCGAAAGCAUCAACGAGGAGUCCCUGCAGAAACUCUUCAGAAACUCCGGGGAUAAGAAGGCAGAGGAAAGAGCCAAGAUCAUCCUCGCCACCGACCAGGACCUGGAGGAGAAGACGCGAGCGCUAAUGGCGCUAAAGCAGAGGCGAAAAGACAAGCUGCUGCAGUUCCGG